CAAAAAACCACUGGAUGGCCUCACAUACUUAGAAAUGGCUGGGACAAACACUACUUUUCUGUUCUAAAACUUCUCACUGCAGAGGAUAACUUGAACUUUAGAGUCACAUGAUGAAGCCAUAGGUUUGCUAAGCAUGCAACGUGUAUGGUUUGAAUGACUUAAGCCCAGUUCCUGUUUCCUUUGCAGAACUGUGUGUUUUUGUAGUCAGCCAGCGCCUGGACUUUUCACCGUUAUUUACAGCAGCUGAAGGAGUGAUUGUAAUACAUACAUGCUGCUUUCUGCAUAAAUAAAAAGGGCUGUAUCCUCCGAACAGUAAUUAUAUUUCGUCUGUCUUUACAUAGAGUCUCAGUCAACUGUAUCUGGGGAACACGUUUUUAAAAAGUUCCAACUCGGUUACACGGAGGCAAGCAGUGGACAGCAGGAGGGAUGGCUUCUCAAAACAUGACGUGGCUCAGCUACCCGAGCAAGAACUUUGCUUCCACCUCCCCAGAAGAAAUCGAAGCGUUCAUAGCAUCUCAGAACAUCAUUUCCAGACUCAUGCACUGCUACAUCGCCUUUUUUGUGCCCACGGGAUUAACAGCUGGCAUAUGCAUUUUGAUUGUUUUCAUAAAGAAUUAUUUACAACACAAAAGCAUGGAACAAUUAGACUUACUGCUUCUGCACUUCACCAUCAGCAAUAUCAUAAUGAUUUUUUUAUCACUUACGGUCAUUCCUAGACCUGACUACUUAAAAGCAACCCGCCUUGCAUGUAGCGUCCUGUCCUUUUUUUUCAACUUCAGUUAUUUCAAUUCUCAGUAUGUUCUGCUUUUCAUACUUCUCAUACUAUUACUCAAGAGAUUUCUGCCAAUGACUGCUCUCUGCAAAGCAACCCAAAAUCCCGUAUCGUGUGUAGCAUUCGUACUUAUAUACGCCUUCUGUUUGUCACUGACCGAAGCAGUACUGGUUGGCACGGAUAACUACCACGUGGAAACAGAGUGCCAGUCUGAUCCAUUAUUUGCACGGCCUGAGUAUGAGAUCAUUAAAUUCACCUUUGGAUUUGGAAUCCCAGCAUUUCUUCAGAUACUCUCCUUUAUCGUCCUUUUUGCUAAAAAAGCACCUGCUGAAGCUGAAGACUUAUGGCAGCACAUUCGUACGUACACCGCUGUGUUCAUUAUAAGCAUAACAAUAUUUAUAUGCCAUCUAUUUUAUAACGUUAUGAUUCUCUUCAGGACAACAUUAAAAUUACAGAAGAGCAUUGGAACUCCAACGAAUGAGCUCAUGAUGAAUAUUGCAGAAAUAGUAUUGUUCUCCGAGAGCUGUGCUACUUUGGUAUUUAUACUUUGUUUUCACAAACCAUGUAAGGAGAGAAUACUUCAAGUCAUACACAACUGCCGAAGGAGAAAUACCACCCACAAUCACCUUGAAAUACCAGUAGCCUACAACCCCUGAAAGAACAUCUCAGUAAUAGUUGCUGUUCUAAGAACUGUCAAUCUACUUUUUUUCCUUCUUCUUCAUGAAGGAAAACUGUGUCCUUCUUUAGACCCUGAACUUGAACUAUCUUAUAGCUAGCAGCAUCACAGGAAAAAUAUCUUCAGCCUAGCAUUUGCAGUUAUCUCUGAGAAGGCAUGUAGGGAUAGUUGUGGGGUUUUUUGUCCAUAAAUGUUUUUUAAUCUCCUAUAUUCUGCGAGUGUUACUUCAAAGGUGAACAGAAGGAAAAGUACUGUUGCCAUACAAGUCUGCUUUUGUAAUAGCACUGAUGCCUUGAUAAAGAUGCAAACAAAAACAUAACCAAAGGCAACUUUGAACAAAGGUAAAAAUCUGCAGCCAAAACAUUUUCUCAGGUGUGCUUCCUCCUUGGACUGGGAUUUCUUGCCCUACAAACUAAUCUUAUUUUUUAACGCCGGUUAGUUCCAGUAGCAACACCAGGGAAGUAUGGUUUGAGCCCAUUAUAAUCCUGAAAUAGUUUGCGAUACUGUAAAUAUCACUGCUUGCUUGGGAUAUAUACACAUCCAUACACAAGAUCGAGCAUUCCUUCAUUUUUUCCAUUUUCCUCUUCUAUGUUUGUUGAAACCCUGAAGGUUUUUAUCUGAAUUAUUGUGCCAAAAAACCCCACGCUCAAAUUAAUGGAAACUGCUAGUCCAUAAAGAAAAGCUUCGGGUCUUUUCUGAGGCACUGAACUGGAAAGAUCGACAGGAUGGCUAAUUAAAACUUUGUGCAAGAAUGAAAGCUUUUUGUUGAAGUAUGCUCAGCUUCAACUUUGCAUAAAGACUUUAAGCAAUUAUUGAUUUAAGCCACUCUUGAUGAGUUCAUUCAGAGGUGUAAGGUCCCAUGCCUUGAAGAGUCACAUUCAAUAAUAUCCUAACUAAAAAAUGAGAAAAGCCAGGCCCAGAACAGCAGAACUGCUUUUAAAAAGGCAAACAAAACCAGAACCCCAGAUCUAGACACAAAUCAAGGCUCUGAUGGAGACAGGAUAGGAACAUUAUACAUCUACAUGAGAAUUUACAGGUCAGUGGUGCAAAGUGGUGAAAAAAAAUCCAAAUCAGAGAAUGAAACAGCUGCUGCAGUUUUGGAAUUCAGAUGUAGCCCUCCAUAUGUAGUCGCCAGUGCAGGCUGAGACUUAGGUGCAAAGUUUUAAAUGGUGGCUUUGAGCAUGUUGUUUGUGACACAAAUUGGCCAGGAGCCACCUUAGAUAUUUGGCUUCAGUUUCAGCUUUUCCUUUCAUGGAGGAGAGAACAGAAAUGACAGGGAAGGCACAAAAUUGUGCUAGAUCUUGGAUACAGAUGUAGACUUGGAUUGCAAGUCUUAAAAAAAAAAAAAGCACAGUGAUGUAUUGAGCAAGGCUCAAGGGACCUGAAGGUGUUUUUUUGGUGAUUUUUUUUCUAAAGAAAAAAAACACUGGUGCUUAAAAUGCAUACCUUUGUAUAGCAUUCAAGAGUACAAGAAUAUACUUGAUUAAGCACGUCACGUGGAUGCUAAAGGAAAUGAGAGAUUUUAUAGCAAUUGUGUGCUUUGGAAAGCCUUCUUGAUGGGGUCCAGAUUUGUGUGCAGUUGGUGCAAAUUGGCAUGGGUUGUCUGAGAUAAGAGACCAGUGGGCCAUGGUCUACAAAGAGGAACACCUUCUGUAAAACAGCCAGGUGGGUAAAUGGAAGACUAAAGGACAUUUUACCCCAUAAUGAUAAGGUAUAUAUAUGGAAUUAGUUUUAGAUAUUCAAGUCCAGAAAUUUAUAGAUGGUGACUAUCACAGGAAAACAGAGGGCAAUAGUCUCACUAUGACCAUAAGGACCAGUGUUUCUGCAAGAUGUACGUAUCAACUGGUGAAAUGUCUGCACUGCAUUGUCAGUCUGUUUUCCUGUUCAAUUUUGUUCUGCUGCCAGCACAAACAGAUGGAUAACUAAGGAACACUCCGUAUUAGACCAUUAUUAGAACCUGGUUGAAAAGGAAAUGCGUAGAUCAGAACCAUCUCUUCAAGAGUCAACUUCAUAGAUGUGCAAGGACUUCUCAGCUGACAUCAGAGGUUUCAUUUCUCACCUGAGAAGAGGGAGAUGAAACAACAUGGACCAAACACCAGCCCUGCCAAAAGAAGUUUGAAGAGAGGAGUUGUUAGAGCAGCACGUCAGCAAAGAAAGCCCACAGACUGAGUGACAGAGCAUGUCAAAAGAUCUCCUGUCAUGGAGACAAACAGAGUCCUUUCUGGAUGGUGGGUUAUAGUGUCAUAAAAAAAUCUCUUCAUACAAUGAAAAGACCAACUUAAUAGGAGAAAACAAAGGUAAUCAGGAGAGAAGAGGUGGACAAGUGUAACAAUAAUCCACACUGUUAUGAAUACCUGAUUUUACAAACAUUUCUGUAUUGCUAUAAUUCUCGAUAAACUUACACAAUUCCCAUUAAAAUUCAGGACAAUGAACACGUAGUCCUAGAGAAGACUGACUUUGAUUCAGCAAGAAUACGAGGGCAGACACCUCUACAUGCAAUAGGAAAGGAACAGAAGGAAUCCCAAAAAAGCUUUAUAAAAUGGUCAAAUUUGAAGUAGAAGAGCAGCUUUGAGUAAGAUUAAAAGUAAUUAUUUUUAAAUUAUUAGUAAGUUGAAAUGUAUUUUCUAAGAACAAAAUAAGAUCUGACCACUCAAAUUUCUUUCUAUCUAUACCAGCAACAACUUUGUUGACCAAUUUCUUCCAGGCUUCACCUAGCUUUGACCAGUACGUUCUGGAAGAAAUAGAGCAUGUGAUUUUUACAGGCAUGCUGUCAAAAUUAACUAAUGCCAUAUACCGGAAAAUUCAAAUAAGAGUAUUUUAUUUCUGUACCAGUAACAUUUGUAUCUAAGAUGGGCUCAUAUGAAAAAAAAACACCUUCCGUUCAGAAAAAUAAGAGAAAUGAGCAGACUGCUGAAAUUUAAGCACUGAAUUUCUGAAUUGGUAAUGAGUUUUGGAAAGGAACAUGUAGAGACUAAAGACUCAUCUUUGCUGAACCAGCUGGCUCAAAUCUGAUCUGAUCCCAUUGCAAAACAACAUCUGAUCUGAAGAGAGACUGGAUUUGCACUUGAAUCAUAACUUUAUCUGCUAUACCCCUAUGCGUGUUAUUAAGUCUAGCCUCAGAAGCAUUCAAAUUUCAAACUUACAGACCUGGAAAGGGCUGCAGCAUUAUUUAGCUUGAUUUUGGGGUAGUUACAGAUUUGGAGUAGAGUUAAAACUCAAGAAAAUUAUCCAAAACAAAUACAGUAUACAAUAUUUAUACUAUAUAUGUUGCACAACAAAUUGAUUCACUAAAUAACUGUUAUGAAAUAGUAUGUUUUGCUUCCUUGGCACUGUAAUUCUUAUUCUCUCAUCUUGGAGCAGCUAGUGGCAACUGCAGCGACUCUUUCAUCUGGGCAACUAGAGAGGUGAAGUGUCCAGCAAGGGACUGCCAGACUCAACUACCGGAGUCAGAAAGGAUUGCUGCUUUCUCAGUUUUAUUUAUCACAUCUGGACAGAGACUGAAGACCUAUGAUGAAAGUCCUUCACUUUACAAUGCUUUGUGGUCCAAUUUCAUAAAAUUUGAGUGCCUCUCCCACCCCCAAAGCAUUUUGCAAUAUACACUUUAAGAGAAAUAAGAAGGUUUUACCAGAAUAGUUUGAAUGGGUACAGGUGGUGUCCCUGCAAAGAAAAGGCUGAACUUUUAAAAAUUAUUUUUAGUAAGAAAAACACAUUCUCAGAAUUACUGGCAACGGAAAAGACAAAAAAAAAUACACCCUAUCCAAGGUUUUCUGCAGGCAUAGAACACAAUUACUUGUUCCAACUCAAGCUAAGCUUGAUUAUUUGUAAGAAAGGGGGAGUUACUGAGAGUGGCUGGGAUAAAAUACCAGAGUGCUCUAGAAGAGGGUAACAGGCCCAGGCAGAAGACGUCAUUCAGUAGCUGCAAAAGGUCAGAGCUGGUAUCCAUGCUAGCAGAAAGAUGAGAGAGAUUUUCGGAGGUGGAGAUCAAUCCACUUGUACAACUUCAAGAACAUUACAACUGCAUCCAUAUGUCCUCUGGAGAUAAUUUCAGCAGAAAUACUGAUACCGAUCUUAUUUCUUCUGCACACGGUUGCCUUACACUGUAAAGCUCUCCAACAUAAUUUUAAAUCAUACCUCUUUCCUCUUUGAUGCUAUACAGUACCUUACUUUUUUUCCAGCUUUCUACAUCCCGGCUCUGAUCUAGUCUCUCCUGGAAUCAACAGUUUCAGUCCAAUUCGUAGCUCUUCCACACCUCUGGCAGAAUUUAACACCUCUUAAAUCCUACAGGCCUAAUCCUACUUACUUACCACCCUGCUGGAGGGCUACCGUGUAACCAGGGUCAAGAGGUAUGAUGUGCUGGACAUCUGACGUUGUUCUUCCUACGCUCACCUCCUUCCUUCUUCCUCAGCUGUCCUGCUCUUUUUUCAACACAGCAGUCAGCCCAUAUGUUGAAGAUUGCUAAAUUAUGUAGAGUAUCUUACAUGAUACCCCAUUUUAAGCCUUUUGGUACACCUAUGUACAUCUCUGCUGAUUACACUACUGUUCCUUAAACACCCUAUAGUGUUUAUUGAGGCAUAUAGUGUUGGGGAAGUUGACCACUACAGAUUUAAAAUUUAACUGCUAGGAAAAAAAAAUAAAUUAAAUGCUGGAUUAUUGCAUUCUGACGUGAUAUGAAGGCUAUCACACCAGUUGCUUUCAUUGCAUGUUCUCAGCAACAAUCAAGAUAAGGUACGACAAGGCGGAACUGUAAUAUUUAAUGCUGUCACAACUGCAGCUAAAGAUGGAUCAUGAAGGCAUUCAUUAUGAAGUCCCACAGAAUAUCAGCAAAUGACGGGAAGAAAAGAGUACAAUGUUCAGCAGCUGCUAAAAUUUGUUUUCAGUAUUUUAUGACCCUUUUCAAUAUGGAAGUGGUGAACAGUGAGAUUAAGAUGGAUUAAUCAGUAACAAUAACUUGCCUGCAUAAACAAGAACCUGGAGAUGUUGUCAUCUGUUUUAGGAAACAAAAUUCAGAGAAUUCACAUGAUCGUCUCAUAAAAUAUUUAGUGAAAUACACAACUCACUAAUUACCAUAUAGUAAUAGUAGAUUUGGUCUCAUAUUAUGCUUCAUAGUUCUAUUAGCGGGAAAAACAGCUACUUUUGGGCUCUUUCAAAUGAAAAUUCCCUUCCCAUUCUUGAAGUACGGCAAAAUGACACAUUUCUUGUCAUGAAUUCAAACCAGAAAAUUAGCACUCAUAACAGAAUUAUACAUUUUCAUAGCAAACCAGCCACUACUCACAGCUCGAAAAACAAGGACAGACAGAGCAGCUGAUUACCAAAUCCACCCCCCCGUAAUUACAAGCAACUAACACCCAGAAGCCAAUAUUACACAUAAAGAAAAAUAAAAAUCCUUCUGGCCCUUACAAGAUCAGUGAAAGCUCUGAAGGGCAGAAUUAAGUAGAGCAAAACCACAUGAUCAACAAACAACAAUAAAGACUCUUUAUAUCUCUCUUCUUAUAGAAGAUAAAUUCAAAAGACAGAAAAAAAUAGACCAUCAAAGCUGGUAUCACAAGAUUUUCUAACAUUACAGUUAUUGCAGUCCCAUAACCCGAUGAUGUUUGUACACUUCUCAAACCAAAACACUUGAGGCCCUCUGUCUUUGUUAUCCUGUUUAGAAAGACUCCACAAGGCCAUCCACUGACACUCCAAGUCUAUGCAGGAAAUCCUUACCCAGCACAGAUUUGCACAAACUUUCUUUUAAGUUAGUAAGAUUUACUCCCAAACUACUCAUGAAGCAUCAUCGUGUCCAAACACCUUCAGAAGCACUUUCAGCAACACUGUCAAAACUCCUGUGGACAACACAUUGCAAGAAAACCAGCAAAUAAAGCAUGGCUCAAUGGCACCAGGAGGCAAAGUACCCUCUUUUCCCACAGCCACUUGGGUGAGAACUUUUUCUUCGCUCUUCUAUGGAUGAGAUCUUUUGUAACCUAAAGUGUUUGAUCAUGGUAACAGAUUUAAUGCAUCCAUUAUAAGGGCACACUAGUUGUUUACUCCACACUGCCGAAACUGUAACAUCGGUUUCCUGAAAUCUGAAUUGCUGAGAUCCCAUUCAUCUUUUUCCAGUAGCAGAAUACUGCACUGAAGCACAGCAUUAAUGGCACUUAACAUUAAGCUACCAGAUAAAUAUAAUCAUAAAAAAUAAAUUCAGGCAUACAAAAUAUUGCUCUUUCGUGAGAGAAAUGAAUUUGCUUUCCAUUUUAAGAACUCUAGCCACCAGUAGGUGGUGUUUCGGGAAAUGUCAAGCACUUCUUUUCCCCUACAGAUGAAAUACACAACUCCACCUGCAACACUGGUGGCUUUAUGCAAGACUGAGGCUCCACAUUCUCUGCAAAAUAAGCUUCUUUUAUCCAUGUGACUUGGAACUGAACAAUCCUAAGAAGCGACAAAGAUGUGUACCUGAAAAUUUAAAUACGAACAGGCAAAUGGGAUCACCUUCAAGGUGGCAUUCACUGCAGCUCUGCACACCUAAAGGCAAGUUUUCCCUGCCACGGCCGGCCAAGUUGACACAUGCAUUAAGCGUGAAGCUGAGCAAGAACCAGCCUUCUGCUGUCCGGAGGAAAAUCAGCUCUGGAAAAAUGGAAUUAAGGUCCAAGGAUGUUCAUUGAUUAUUAACAGAAAACAAAUGGAGCUAAUAUUCUACUAUCUUCUACCCUGCGUGAAGGAACACUGUUGGUGAAAAGCCUUUUUUAAAGAGAUCCAAGUACCAUUAUGGUAAAAAGAUUCCCUACAUGAUCUUAAGGCAUAUAGGAAUGGCAAGCUCUCUCAUUUGCAAUGUAUAUAGUGGCCUGUAAAAACAAAAUUAAGAAAUUUACUUUUUGUACUGUCACAUUUCAGUCAAUUUCAAGUAUAAUUAAUUUGGCUUCUCAAGAACUUUAAUUUCCUAUACAAAAGUGUUUCUUUUUCCAUUCCAAUCAAAAUGCUUACAAUGAACUUCUUUGAAAACAUCAAAAAAUCCGAUUUUUGGGGCAUUACUACCAAACUGUGAGUACUGUUAUCUUUUGCACAGAUACUUUAAACAUGGAAACUUACUCUGCCUCGCUAUCACCUGUUAUAUGCAACAGUACAACUUUUAACCUAAACGGAUCGCAUUUGUGUAAUGAAAGCCUAUCUUCCAGAUUAGCUGAUAAAUCAGAACACCAACAAUAUGUUAUUGGUCUUUUCUUAUCGUGUCUUUACACAAUAUUCCUUUUUCCUAUUGGUUUUGUAGGAAACAUUCUGAUACUGGUUGUGAACAUAAGCUUUCGUGAAAAAAUGACUAUUCCAGACCUUUACUUUAUAAACCUUGCAGUAGCUGAUCUCAUUUUAGUUGCUGAUUCUCUCAUUGAGGUUUUUAAUCUUGAUGAAAAGUAUUACGAUAUCACUAUUAUAUGUACCUUUAUGUCUUUGUUCCUUCAGAUCAACAUGUAUAGCAGCAUUUUCUUUCUGACAUGGAUGAGUUUUGACAGAUACAUAGCACUGGCAAAAGUAAUGAGGUCCAACAUAUUUCGCACUAUGCAACACGCUAGAUUAAGCUGUGGUCUCAUAUGGAUGGCGUCUAUUUCGGCAGCACUAGUUCCGUUUACAGCUGUGCACUUACAACACACCGGAGAGGUCCAUUUUUGUUUUGCAGAUGUAAAAGAAAUCCAGUGGCUAGAAAUAACCUUGGGGUUUAUUAUCCCCUUUGUGAUCAUCGGUCUUUGUUACUCAUUAAUUGUCCGAGUUCUUAUAAAAGCACACAAGCACAGGAGUCUUCGUCUGCGGCGACAAAAGGCUCUUCGGAUGAUUUUCGUUGUCGUCUUGGUUUUCUUUAUCUGCUGGCUACCUGAAAACGUCUUCAUUAGUGUUCAGCUUCUCCAGAAGAAAAGCGAGCCUGUCUCUUCGAGCAGCCCAUCUUUCAGACACGAUUAUCCCUUAACAGGACAUAUUGUGAACCUAGCAGCUUUUUCUAAUAGCUGUUUGAACCCCUUAAUUUACAGUUUUCUAGGGGAAACCUUCAGAGACAAACUGCGACUGUACAUUGAACAGAAAACCAAAAUGUCAACGCUGCAUCGCUUUUGUCAGGCUGCCUUAACGUCUGUCAUUCCUGACAGUAACGAGCAAUCGGAGGUUUGAUUUAGCAGUGGUUGUAGAAAACAUACAACUAUGAAGUUGUGCAAAUAGUGAACAAGAUGCUUGCUACUAACAGAAAAAAGUGCGCCUGUGUGCGUAUGUAUUAUAUCGCUCUGCUGAGUAUUGAAGGUUUGUCAUAAAAACAUUUUGAAUAUAACUUUAAAGUAGAAGAAUGUUUCAGGCAGAUUUAUAUUUAAUUAUGAACAGGAUUAUUAAAAGCUGAGCACUGAAGGAGCUUUAUUUUAUAUUAAACGUGUAUGACUGAUAAUAUAGAAGAAAAUUUUAUCAAGCUAGGAAGACUCUAGAUUUAACUUGAUUAUCAGAGAUGCUAUUUUGCUGGUGUAGAUAAGGUACUUCCACUUAAAUAAUGGAGCUGCCAUAACAGUGGAGAAAAAAAAUCAUUGCAACAUAUUGAUAUGGAGAUGCAGAAAACAAUUAUUUUUCAUCCAAAUAUGUUAAGUUAAAUGACUUUGCUUUCCAGAACUAUAUAGUAUUAUCAUCAUUGUAUUCCAGCACGUCUUCCACAAUUAACUUUUUAAAAUCUUAAUAUAAUCUAGAAUGGUGAUGAG